AGCGCUGAAACAGACAAUUUUUAUAUGUGAUACACACGGUUCAUACGUUAUUCUCCCCGCAAAUCGAUGUGACGGCGGCAACGUAACGGACGCAACAUGCAUUCCGCGCUAAAUCUACUCGUUAUCGCGAUUAAUCUCUCCUUGCUUGCUGCACAACACGCCACCACAAAAUUGCAAUUGACGACACAUCCGCCAACGACGAUACCUCCGGUGGGCCCGGAUCUUUCUAAGAAGCCGGAGAAAAGAUUGGCCGGAGACGAGUUUAACACGCGAUUAACAGAUUGGUUGUUCACUGGAUGCUGGAGCGACCAAGGAAAGCCUCCUCUAUUGAGUAAAUGCGCACCGUUUCGCCCCGCGGAGGAGUAUCCUGGUUACGAUGGAUGGUACAAUAACGUCGCUAAAACAGAGUUAGGUGCCGUCGACACCCACUUGCUGAGGAAAGUGCCGGCAACUUAUGAAGACGGAGUGUACAAACCGUCGGGUUCUAAUAGACCAAACCCACUGGAGUUGAGCGACAGGUUGCUGAGUGGGGAUAUUGGAACGAAAUCAAGAACGGGAAGAAACGCUUUACUUGUGUUUUUCGGUCAACAAGUGGUAGAGGAAAUUUUAGAUGCCCAGAGACCAGCGUGCCCACCCGAGUAUUUCAACAUAGACAUUCCGGAAAAUCACACGUAUAAUCUUUACCCGGGGCACACGAAAAUGCCUGUUUUACGUACACGGUACGAUCAACGGACGGGUCAUUCGCCGAACAAUCCACGUCAACAGCUGAACGAGAUCACGCCGUACUUGGACGGCGGGCUGAUCUACGGUACGUCUAAGGCGUGGUCGGACGUUCUGAGGACGUAUGCCAACGGGACCGUGCACCCGGCCGGUGAACUCGCAUCCUCGCCCUCCGGCUCGUAUCCCGAGUACAACAGCGUGAGAUUACCGAUGGCGAAUCCGCCGCCGCCCGCUCACCAUCAGUUAUACGUUUCGCGGCACUACACCGAGAAAGUCAGCAGAUACUUCAAGUUAGGAAAUCCGCGAGGGAACGAGAACCCGUUCCUACUGACCUUCGGUGUAGUGUGGUUCCGGUGGCACAAUUUCCUGGCGAAGCAUAUCAAGCGUCACAAUCCGACCUGGUCGAGCGACAAGAUUUACAAUGAGGCACGUAAGUGGGUGAUAGCGACCCAGCAACGUAUUGUUGUCGAUGAAUGGUUGCCUUCGUGGUUGGGAAAGAGUCUUUCUAAAUAUAAAGGUUACAACCCUAAUAUCGACCCGCAGAUAGAUCAGUUCUUCCAAUCGGCUGCUUUCCGCUUUGGACACACUUUAGUUCCACCAGGUGUAUACCUCCGUAACUAUGGGAGAGUCGAUUGUUCCCUGGCGCCGUUUCCGAUCAGAACAUGCAACAAUUACUGGAUGUCACAGAAUUCUCUAUUUGCCAACAAAACGAAGAUACCCAUCAACGUGGAUAAAUUAUUAAUGGGAAUGGCUAUCCAACUGUGCGAAGAAGAAGAUCAUAAAAUCGUUGAGGAUCUGCGAGGCAGUUUGUUCGGUCCGUUGGAAUUUUCAAGAAGGGAUUUAAUGGCGCUUAACAUUCAACGAGGACGUGAUCAUGGCGUGCCGGAUUACAACAGCGCUCGUCGCGCGUAUGGUUUACACACGGUCAACAAUAUAUCCCAUUUUCCCGCUCGUCUGCCCCAAAAGAUCAAGGACAAUUUCCUCGAUUUGUACAAUAACUCCUUCGACAACGUGGACAUCUGGGUAGGUGGAAUACUGGAGACCGGUGACGGGCCCGGUGAAUUAUUCCAAGCGAUCAUCAGCGAUCAAUUUCAGAGAAUACGCGAUGGUGAUAGAUUCUGGUACAAAAAUCUAGAUAACGGACUCUUUACCUUGAAUGAAAUUAAAAGAAUAGACCAAUUAUCGAUUUACGAUCUGUUGAUGUGCGUCACUGAUAUGGAGUGGAACGAUAUUCCGAAGAAUCCUUUUCGAGUUCCUACAAGUGAGGGCGAGAUGCAUCCUAACUGUAAAAGAAAUAACGUUAUUAAGGCAGGCACGUGUGUUACUCCUUGCUUUCACGCUGAUCAGAUAAAUGCUAGUAUCGUCGAAAAUUGUACACGGCCUGGAACUUACGACUAUUUUUCAAAAAGCAGCGCGUCCUACAUUCUUACAUUUCUAGGCAUGACAACAUUUUUCUGCGGUAUUGUUGCGAUAAUCUUUUACAAGAUACAGUUCAAGGAGAAAGGACCGAGGACAGAGAAGAGUAGCAGAGAAGUGAAUCACUUUGAUAACGUAGAUAGCAUAUUUACUGGUAAAUUUCCAGCUAGAGAAUGGCAAGAGCCGAAGUCUUCGCUGAGACAUGUGUUAAUAACACCAAAUGUUAGGUCUCAACAGUUGGAGGUGAAAAAUCAAUUGGGACAUUUGAUACGCGCAGUGGAGUUUCCAUCCAACAGCAACGUUAUGAUUUACUGCGCAACCGACAACCAUUACAUAUUGAUUCGCGUACAUCACAGUUACGACUUGGUGCUGAAGUUCGACUCCGAAUAUUUGAGAAGCGCGUUUAUGAAGGCGUUCGACAGAUUUAUGUCAGAAAUUGCAACAGUCGGGAAUGUAUGCUCGGUGCAAACGACCAACGUCACGCUCGCGAUGUUGCUCAAGCAAGCGAUAACUAAGAAGCACCGUCAAAAGAAAUUAGAGAUGUUCUUCCGUGUUGUGUUCUCACAGGCGUUUCAUAUCGCGCAUAGGGAGGAGGAAAUAUUACAGAUAGACUCGACGGUGGCGAGAGAAGUGAUUUACACCGAGCUGACUAUGAUAGAAUUUGCGGAAGCCUUGAGCAUGAGGCCGGAUGCCGAGUUCGUAAAGAAGAUAUUUAAUCUGGUGGACAAGGACAGGAACGGUUUUAUAUCAUUCCGGGAGUUCGUUGAUAUGUUGGUGAUAUUUCUAAAGGGCUCCGCCGAAGAGAAGAUAAAGCUGAUGUUCGACAUGUACGACAUCAACGGUACGGGAAGACUGAAGAGAGAGGAAUUUUUAAAUAUGUUAAGAUCGUUUAUGGAAACGGUCAAUGCUGACGUAACGGACGACGAAUUGGAGACUCUGGUGCAAUCCAUGAUGUACCACGCCGACAUGGCGGACAAAGAGACCAUUAAUCUACAGGACUUUCAGCAAAUACUGAGCGACUUUAACGAUAAGUUCAAUUACGCCGAGCUGGAGUUCAAUGUGCAGACGGACGGCAGAAACAGGAAGCUUCACGCGGGCGUGCACACGGUUAGAUCGACGUUCAUCGGUGAAGUGCAGAGAACGGUGGAGAGCCUGUACGCCGACCCGAGCGAGUUGCAGUCGAGAAUCGAGGGCAAGGUCGAGAACGAGCAGGAUCUGACGGAGGAGCGGAAUAACAGCGAGAUCAUCGACAAGGACGAGAAGAUCGUCGAGGAAAUGAAAAAGUACUCGGACGAUUACUGGUACCCCAUAAUGAAGUACCUCGCCAACAAGAGAAUGCAGAUAUUCUGGGCGUGUUUGUACACUCUGUUGCUCCUUGGAAUAUUCGCCGAGCGAAUUUACUAUUACUACAUCGAACGGGAACAUUCCGGUCUCAGACGAAUACUGGGCUACGGCCUGACCGUGACGAGAGGCGCGGCGUCGGCGAUGAUGUUCACUUACUCCACGCUGCUGCUCAUGAUGUGCCACAACACCAUCACCUUCCUGAGAACCACAGUUCUGCAAUUCUACAUCCCGUUCGAUUCCGCGAUCGACAUGCACAAGUACAUCGCUUGUUGGGCGCUGGCCUUUACCGUGUUACAUAUUAUCGGACACGGCUUCAACUUUUACCACAUAUCCACGCAGACUGCCGACGAUCUAUCGUGUUUAUUCCGGAAUUAUUUCCACGCGACGCACGAACUGCCCAAAUUCCAUUAUUGGUGUUGGGGUACGAUGACAGGUAUAACGGGAAUACUUAUAACCAUCGUGACUGGAUUGAUAUUUAUAUGUUCGUUACCGAUGGUGCGCAAGGCAUUUUACCAUUGGUUCUCCUUCAUACACUCCCUGUAUCCAGUUUUCUAUAUACUUAUGGUUUUACACGGCAGCGGAAGAUUAGUACAGGAGCCGUAUUUCCAUUAUUUCUUCUUGGGACCGGCUAUCCUGUUUAUUCUGGAUAAAGUUGUAACAGUGACCAGGACGACAAUAGAGAUACCAAUACUUAAAGCGGAUAUUUUGCCAUCGGGUGUAACGUGUUUAAUAUUCCCAAAGCCUCUAAAUUUUCAAUAUAAAUCUGGCCAGUGGAUUAGAGUGGCGUGUCCAGCAUUGCAAACAAACGAGUUCCAUCCGUUUACUUUAUCCUCCGCACCGCACGAGACAAGUUUAAGUAUACAUAUAAGAGCAGUUGGACCGUGGACUACAAAUAUCAGGGACAAAUUAGAGCUAUGUACCAUGUCUAAUGAGAACUUGCCAGUGAUUCACAUAGAUGGCCCGUAUGGAGAAGGCCAUCAAGACUGGGAUAAAUACGAAGUAGCAAUUAUGGUUGGUGGUGGUAUAGGUGUUACACCUUUUGCAUCCAUACUGAAAGAUGUUGUUUUCAGAUCGAACCAUAGUGUGAACUUUAGUUGCAAGAAGGUGUAUUUUCUUUGGGUCACGAGAACACAAAAGCAAUUUGAAUGGCUGGUCGACAUAUUGAGGGAGCUCGAGAAAACCGACGUUAAGAACAUAGUAUCGAUUCACAUCUUCGUCACUCAAUUUUAUCAAAAAUUUGACCUACGCACGAUACUUUUGUAUAUCUGCGAGCGUCACUUUCAAAAGAUUUCAAAUAAAUCCCUGUUUACUGGUCUUAAGGCAGUCACACAUUUUGGACGCCCGAAAUUUUCUCAAUUCUUCUUGUCUAUACAGAAAUUAUAUUCUGAUGCAAACAAGAUUGGUGUUUUUAGUUGUGGUACACCAACAAUGACCCAAGCAGUAGAUGCAGCUUGCAAAACAAUUAAUCUAAUGGAAAUUAAUGAUACAGUAUUUCAGCACAUUUAUAAAAGCUUUUAAGUUUAUGAUAUUUAUCGUAGAAUUUCACUUUUAAUAACCAUUUAUCUUUAUCCUAA